AUGAACGUGAAGGAGUUGAAUCUCUCUGAUCGCUGUGAGCAUUUCUCCUGUCCAGAGAGAUCUGUAUCUCCUGCAGUUUAUAUCUUACUGUACGUGUGUUCAGCUGCUGUGGUUCUUCUAACAGUGUGUGGAAAUCUGCUCGUCAUCAUCUCUGUUCUUCACUUCAAGCAGCUUCACACACCGACCAACAUGCUCAUUCUCUCUCUGGCUGUGUCGGAUUUCUUUGUCGGUGCUUUACUAAUGCCUCCAAUGUUAAUCUGGAUUAUCGAGUCAUGCUGGAUUUUAGGGAGAAGUUUCUGCAUUUGUUUUUGGUUAAUUGGCAGUUUAGUUUUGGCCUCAUCAAUUUCUAAUAUCACUCUGAUCUCUGUGGAUCGCUAUGUUGCUCUUUUAAACCCAUUUUUCUACACAAACACAAUCUCUACAAGAAUAAUGUGCACUGUGGUUUCUUCUAACUGGUGUGUGUGUCUGGCAUACAGCAUGACAUUCUACUACUUCAGUCUAAAUUCCACAAAUUUUAUACUGUGUCCUGGAGAGUGUUUUCCUACUCUGAAUGAGGUAUUCUCUGUAAUUGAUCUUGUAAUAACAUUUAUAUUUCCACUUUCUGUCAUAAUCAUAUUGUACAGUCGGGUUUUUCUGAUCGCUAAGAAACACGCCACUGCUAUCAGAGAGCUUAAUAAUCACACACGACCUCAAACACAGAAAAUCACCUCCCACUCCAUGAAAUCUGAGAGAAAAGCAGCCAAAGUCCUCGGCAUUUUAGUGGCCGUGUUUCUGGCAUGUUUACUUCCGUAUUUUAUUUACAGUUUACUAGGUGACUUUAUUGAACUGCAGACAGAAUCUAUUUGUAAAUUAAUUUUCCUGAUUUAUUGUAAUUCCACCAUUAAUCCGGUUAUUUACGCUCUGUUUUAUCCGUGGUUUAGGAGGUGCAUUAAGUUAAUUAUAACUCUGCAGAUAUUCCAGAGAGACUCUGCAUUAAUCAAUGUUCUUUCAUGA